GUCACCUCCUCACCACACGCCCACACACUUCUCAUUUCCUCUGGUUCUUGGAACUCUCUGAAUUUGCUCUGUUUUUCUCUGUUUCUUUAACACCAUGCUUCUUAAGGCCGCCCCAGCUUUCUCUCUUUUGAACCCACCUCGCGGAGAGACUCUGGGUCCUCUGUGUUUCUCUGUUUCACCGUCUUCGUGUUCAGUUUCUCCUCUGAACUCUUCGGCUUCUUUGGCUUCGACUCUCCGAUUUUCUUCGGCCAAGAAAGAUAGCGGCUCUGUUAUCUGCGCGGCUUCGAAGGGUGCGAAUAGCCGACCGCUCACCGGCGUCGUGUUCGAGCCCUUCGAGGAGGUCAAGAAGGAGCUCGAUCUCGUCCCCACCGUCCCUCAGGACUCUCUCGCUCGCCAAAAGUACUGUAACGAGGCCGAGGCCGCGAUUAACGAGCAGAUCAAUGUCGAAUACAAUGUCUCGUACGUUUACCAUGCCAUGUUUGCCUACUUUGAUAGAGACAACGUUGCGAUGAAGGGUCUUGCCAAGUUUUUUAAAGAAUCGAGUGAAGAAGAAAGGCAUCAUGCGGAGCUUUUGAUGCAAUAUCAGAACAAACGAGGUGGAAGAGUGAAGCUGCAAUCUAUUCUGAUGCCUGUCUCUGAAUUCGAUCAUGCGGAGAAGGGAGAUGCGUUAUAUGCCAUGGAGCUGGGACUGUCUUUGGAGAAGCUAACAAAUGAAAAACUCCUCAUCUUGCACGGCGUUGCCGAGCGAAACCAUGAUGUGCAGUUGUCAGAUUUUAUUGAAAGCGAGUUUCUAACUGAUCAGGUGGAAGCCAUCAAGAAAAUGUCAGAAUAUGUUGCACAGCUGAGAAGAUUGGGGACAGGACAUGGGGUCUGGCACUUCGAUCAGAUGUUGCUCCGUGAGCAGCAAGCAAUUGCUUGAUGAUGUUUUGUUUUGUCUCUUUCAUGUUUAGUGCUGUGGAAACUGGAGAGGGUUCUAUGCAGUCUUUCAUUUGGUAGUUCUUUGUUUAGAGAUGCUGAUUGUGGUUACUGGUUAGAAUUUUGAGGUUGAUGUAGAAGGUAAAAUGCUUAUGGACUUGAUGUUCAUCUCCUCAGUUGGGAUUCUAAUGCAACAAGAAAACUUAUGAAUA